AUGCGGGCGGUGGAGCAAUGGAGGAGCGCCAACGUGCGGCAUGCGAUAGGAGGGGUCGGACCAGCAGGCAGUGCGGGAGGAGGAGGAGGAGGAGGUGGUGGUGGUGGUGGAGGCGGGCCCUACAGGAAGUCCGCUCCUAAUCAUACUGUCCCUUCCUCACGCAGCCCGCGUCUUUCUCCUUCCUCUGGCGAAUCUCAGGAUCGCGGAACGGGAGCGCUGCUGCAAGCGAGCACAAGGCAGGACGGAGCUCCUGCUGCAGGAAAGUGGGACGCACCCCCCAUGCUGUUGAUAGCUACAGACCUGAAUGCUGUGGGGAGGAGGAGAUACUCCAGCUGUGAGAUCUGGCGCAUUGUAGACGUUGGGAUCGCCUACGAUCCCACGCCCAACAGCGCGAAGAGUUUGCUGCUGAACAAGACCUGGAGAGCUGUUGAGCUCAAGCACACCGACUACACCAAUAUUUUCCUGAAUGACAGCCAUGGAUGUUUUGCUAUUGUCAAGGCCAGCAACGUGGAGGCAGGAAAGAUUCGGCACGCCAUGCAUAUGGCCUGGGGCUUGCAGGUUCAGGCGUUCGAGUCCUCGCAGGGAGGCAGCUUCCUUCUCGUCAGGCAGGACGUAGCCAACUCGGAGUGGCGGAACAGGUGGUUUCGGAUGGACAAGGGAAGCAUGGAGUCCUUCUCCAACCCUUUGAGCAUCGGGCAAGUUCCACCACGGCCCUCGCUCAAGGUUUCAGAGAUCAAGAGCUUGAGUCGCCUCGACAACAGCGAGUUUGCUUCCUUCUACGUACAGACUUCCUCCGCGGGAUACGUGUUUGAAGCCAACAGUGAAGAGCUGAUACUCAACGGACCUCCAAAACCUGACAAGUCGACAAAUUCCAUCCAGCCGCAACCAGACGUUAGGACACCUGUGGACAAGUCAUCGCUAGAUGAUUACAUUCAGACCUGGCUCAGGAGCAAG